UAAGUCAUCCAAUUCAUGCGGUGUUCAUCACGAUCUGUAUUGUGCAGGCUGCAUAUGAAUGGAGCAUCCUUGUGCUCAUGUCAUCUUGCUUGUACACACCCUUCACAUAAGAUGGAUACAGAGACUAUGACAAUGGCAAAGCUCCGUCAGCGUUAUGAUGAUCUGAAAGAGAGGUAUGCAGUUUCCGAUGUUACUGUUUCACUACAGAAUGUGGCUUCUCAGCUAGGCUACAGCAGCAUCGACUCUUUGAGGCUGGAGGACAUGGUCGUUGAGAUUGUGAGUCGGAUUGAGAAGCUGAUGCAAGCAAAGACAAUGAUGGAAGCUGCUGGGAAGCCUGAAUGA